UUGUCGCCGCCGCCGUCUGGUUUCGCUUCUUGAAGUCGAAGACGAAUAUUUUCGGGGGAGUAUGAAAAGGUCCAUUACCAGUACGUCAGACAUUGAAUCUAAAACACCGAAGCUUCUAAACAAUUCCUACCUCCGACGUUCAUCGUCACGUGAAAUCUGCGGUGACCGCUUCAUCCCCAGCCGUUCCUGUUCGAAUUUCGAUCUUUUCAACCUUCCUAAUUCCCCACAUUCCGCUUACAUUGCUCGUUUGAGGUCUGUUCUUUUUGAGCCGCCGACUCCCGAAAAUUCAUUGUUUGGGGAUUCGAAUGGUUGUAACAGUUCUCCAAACCGCAAUAUAUUUAAGUUCAAGAUUACCAGAAAAUCGACGAGUUAUCUGCCCUCGUUUGAGCUUGAUGAUGAAUUUUUUGGGGCGUCUAAGUUUACCGAAGCAAAAAUCCCUACAUCACCGCGGAAGAUUUUGGAUGCUCCUGGAUUGCAAGAUGAUUUUUAUCAAAACCUUGUAGAUUGGUCGUCACAAAAUGUGUUGGCCGUGGGGCUAGGCAGCCAUGUUUACCUGUGGCAUGGUUCUACCGGCACAGUUGAGACUCUGUCUAACUUGGGGACCGAUGAAGUAUGUUCGGUUAAUUGGUCACCACACGGAGUACAUCUUGCUGUUGGAACUAGAAAUGGCAAAAUUCAGUUAUGGGAUACUUUUGAAUGCAAGAGAAUUAGAACCAUGGAGGGCCAUCGUUCCCGAGUUAGUACCCUUGCCUGGAGCCCGACGCUGCUGUCUUCAGGAAGUCGGGACAAGAGCAUUCUUCAGCGCGAUGCAAGAACUCAGGAAGACUACAUUAGCAAACUCAAUGCCCAUAAAUCAGAGGUGUGUGGAUUGAAGUGGUCUUGCGACAACCGUGAAUUAGCAUCCGGUGGAAACGACAAUCGGCUUUAUAUAUGGAACCGGCAUUCGACACAGCCUGUGCUCAAGUACUGCAAACACACCGGUGCUGUCAAAGCUAUUGCUUGGUCUCCCCACACAAGCGGACUACUGGCCUCCGGCGGUGGCACUGCAGAUCGAUGCAUCCGCUUCUGGAACACCCCCUCCAAUUCCCGCUGCAGCCUUAGUUGUACGGAUACGGGGAGCCAGGUGUGCAAUCUCGGGUGGUCCAAGAAUGUGAAUCAGCUCGUGAGCUGCCAUGGUUACUCUCAUAACCAAAUCAUAGUGUGGAAAUAUCCUUCAAUGUCAAAGUUGGCAACGCUCACCGGGCAUACGUCGAGGGUGCUUCACCUCGCCAGUUCGCCAGAUGGCCAGACAAUUGUAACUGGAGCUGGAGACGAGACGCUGAGGUUCUGGAAUGCUUUCCCUCCUAUUGGUUCUGAUUCUCAGAUUGCAGAGACACAAGUUGGAACAUCAUCUCUAUCUCUGGGAAGAAGUUUGAUCCGCUAGCUCCCUGCCCUGACAUGACUCACAAAUCUUC